CGACCAACACAUCCAUCCCCAGAUGACGACGACGGCCAUUAUCAGCACCACUAAGAGGAGAGACACGCUGACGCUGACGAGGAGGAGGCCGAUGAUGAUGAUGACGAAGGCUGCUUCCCGCUGGCUUGUUGCCGCGGUGGUCAUGGCAGCGUUGCUGUGCCUGAGCGGCAGCAAACACCCCGCCACGCUCGCCGCGCCCCUGCCAUCCGACGGAGAUGAUACCAGCACCAACAACAACAACAACAACGACAACGGUCCUGCUGUGGAGCGCAUGACGUCUGCCAACUGCCACCACAUCCCCAUCAUCCACGACCAGCUUGAGGCUCUUUCCCCGGAGGCGAAGGACACCGCAAUGGCCAACAUGGACUCCCACCACCUCACCGUUGCAGAUGCAGAGAGCAUCCGCUUCGGCCCCAACGGCGAGCUCGUCUUCGUGGACACGUUUGAGAUCCCGCCCGUCGACGACGGCAACCAGGGCGGCGGUGGCGACAGCAGCAGCAACAACGAUGACGCGCGCGUUGGCGAGGCAAGCGCCGCCGCCCACCGUGGCCGCCGGUUUCUCAAGGUGCACCCGCCAAACCGCUACGACGCCAACGGCCUGCCCAUCUACCACAGCCGCAAAGGGUCACGCAACGUCAUCUUCCUUGACUUUGACGGGCACUGGCUGCCCGACGCCUCAUAUUGGGGCGGGUUCACCGCGGGCCCCUACGACCCGUCCGACGACGGCCUGGCCUUCAAUGCCGUCGAGCAGGGCCAGAUUGCGCUCAUCUGGGCGCGUGUUGCCGAGGACUACGCCCCCUUUGAUGUGGACGUAACCACGGAGCCAUUCGACAUUCAGACAGCCACCAGCAUCCACGCCCUCAUCACGGAGAGCGUGCAAGUCGGUGGCAGCCCCAUGCCAUAUGACACGGCCGGUGGCGUUGCCGUGCUCGACGUCUUCAACAGCCGCUACCUCCCUUACUACUCCCCAGCCCUCGUUUAUUAUGAUAACCUGGGCGGUGGCAUCAACGACUACGUUGCAGAGGCCACGAGCCACGAGAUUGGGCACAACUUUGGACUCAGCCACGACGGUUACUAUGGCGACGAAUAUGCCGGUGGCUUUGACGGCAACUACUUCACAAGCUGGGCACCCCUCAUGGGAACGGGUUACACGAGGGCAUUGUCCCAGUGGAGCAACGGCGAGUACGAUGGCGCCACCAACACGGAGGAUGACAUUGGCAUCAUCUCUGCACAGACCGGGUUUGUGGCCGAUGUGGCUGGCGACCGGCCAGGCACCGCGGCUGCUGUGCGCUUCCUCACAGACACGGACUUUGAGGGCAAGGGCAUCAUUCUGAAUCGUGACGACAAGGACUGGUGGGCCAUCACCCUGGCUGUGGACGGCACGAUUGACGUUGUUGUGUCGCCGUGGUUCGCCCUGUCCCGCACCCCCGGCAACAACUUGGACGUGAAGCUGACGCUGUACGACAGCGCGUCGAGCGAGGUGGACGCCGCAAACCCCUCCUCCUUUACGGAGGCCACCAUCCAAACGGCGCUGUUGCCUGCAGGCACGUACUACCUCGAAGUUGACGGCACGUACGACGGCAGCGUCAUCACGUCCGAUUAUGGCUCUGCUGGCCAGUAUUUCAUCAGCGGCAGCAUCUCCCCGGGCCCGCGCACCACCGUCACGUACACCCCGCUCCCAACAUCCACCACGACGCAGGUGGGCUGCAGCAACGACGAGUACGAGCCAAACAACCACUUCCAGGACGCCACUGCGCUGCCGCUUGGCGACACGGCGUUCUCCGCGCACCUGUGCCCUGGCGAGGCUGAUUGGUACCGCACGCGCGUGUGUCCUGGCGGCUCCCUCAGCAUCAGCAUCACGUUUGGCACGGGCGACUUUGACGCCUUCCUGUUCUCCCCUGACGGCACAUAUGUUGCCGUGGGCGCAACAGACACGCCCAACGAGCUCGUGGCGUACACGGACAGCGGCUACGGCGGGUUCUACUAUCUGGAGGUGUUCCCUUACUCUGGCAGCGGCGGUUACGAGGUGGCCGUCACCAUCACCGGCUGCGACUUCAGCACGACAACGAGCGUGGCCACCACAAGCGCGUUCCCACCGCUCACGUGCCCGGAGAACGACCAGUACGAGAACAACAACAAGAAGCGUCGCGCCUCUGACAUCCCUCUCUCCACCACCAUCUAUGCCAUCGCCUGCGAGACGGAGCAGGACUGGUACAAGCUUGAGACGUGCAAGGGCGCGACCGUGACUGCGACCAUUGAGAUUGAGCCCAGCACCGUCGGCGACAUCAACUUGUCCAUUCGCAACCGCCGUGGCAAGCAGGUGUCCCUCACGCGCCUUCGCAAUGGCGAGACGAGCGGUGUUGUCACCACCACGGCAGGUAGGAACGGCAACCACUAUGUCACCAUCGCCAGCAAGGACGGCAAGAACCCCAUCUACAGCCUUGUUGUUGAGACAACAGAAACACCCCCAUGCUCAUAAACACAGGGAGAGAGAGGGUGUGUGAUGUGUGAUGUUUGUGUGAUGUGUGAUGUUUUGUGUGUGUGUGUAAAUGUGUGUGUGUGGCAUGAACUCCAGAUUGCGUGUCACAUCACAACGUGCGGUUGCUUGUUGAAGUGUUCUGUUGAUUGUGUGGCUUUCCCCUCCCAUCUUUGUUUUGCUUCCGUUCCUCCCUUCCGUUACUUGACUACGUGAGUGCAUGUUCAGUUCUCUCUUGUUCUGUUUCAAGCAAGAAGACUCCAAUACAGAUCUUGUGUGGGAA